AUGGCUCCGGUUUUACACAAAUGCACUUUUUGUUUCAACCACUAUAAAUUAAGACCGGACGGGAAAUUACACCGGCACGGAUGGAAAGAGAAGGGUCAAGAAUGCCCUGGGUCUAUGAAAGUGGUCGACCAACUUUUGGCCGGGUCUACAAGACCUUCGGGUUUGGCUCCCCGCGCUGCACCUAUCAACGAGGGUCGCGAAGCCGCACGUACAUCAGCUUCGGUCACGGAGGUUCCCAUGGAAAUUGACUUUAACGCUUUUUUUGACAGGCUGACGGCCGCCUUGAGAAAAACCCCGGUUUUUGAUCAUGUGCCGAAACCAUGUAGGGAAAAAGUAAUAAAAGAAUUGAUGUCCUUCAUGGUGGCAAUUUGUAAUGAACUCUGCGACCCAACUCACUGGUACAGGCUCUAUUGUUUUUUCCCAUAUAUCCUCAAAAAGCCUGCCAGAGGGGGUCGAAAAUUCAACCAGGAACAGGGCAAUCUUUCGGCGGCUGUUAGGCUUGUUUGCUCUCUCGAGGGUCUGGCGGGGGACUCGCCUGAGACAUUGGUUAAACUCAACUCAAUCCACCCCAGAGUGUCUCAUCUUCCGGUCCACAACGUGCUGACCAUCGUCCGCAACGCCCUUAGUUUGCUUAGAUUGAUGUAUUUCCUUCGUACAUCCUUCUCGGUUGAUGCAUCCAUUUUGGGCGGAUUCGAUGGUGCCCUGAGGAAUAAUCUGGAAACUGUCCUCAAACAGAAACUCCAGCCAGAAAAAAUAGUAAAAGCAAUGCUCACAUCUGAAAUUGCUUGGGAUGCGAUCGAUUCAUUUUCGUCAGAGGUUCUCCGAAAUCUACGUACGAUAGAAAGACAAAGAGCAAACAAAGUUGAAAAAUAG